AUGACUAUUAUUAAACGAAUGCACGCCUUGCUUAAUAAGCCCCCUGGGCUGCCAAGCCCUCAGCCAACGAUGUCUGCCUGGCAGGAGCCACGCCACCCGACAGUUGGUGCGGUUCAAUCACCCAGACUACCAUCUGAAGUCGACGUUGCCAUUAUUGGGUCUGGAGUGACUGGCUCUGGAGUCGCGUACACGUUGCUAAACCACCCAAAUGCGUCGAAGCUCCGGGUUACCAUACUCGAAGCACGUGAAGCAGUCAGUGGGGCCACGGGCCGCAACGGAGGCCAUCUUGUAUCCAACGCAGAUGAGCUCUUCCCGCCAGUAGCUGAAAUAAUGGGGAUGAAGGAAGCAAAAAGUGUGGCACAUCUGAGUGAAAGGACAAUUGCUCGGUUGAAAGAGAUCGCUGCUGGCCUGAGUGAAAAGGAUCAGGAAGCGGCAGAAUUACGAUCCUUGGCUAGUACCAUUGUCUUCGAGGAUAAGAAGACUUUUCACGAGGCCAAACGGGCGAUUGAAUUUGUCCAGCAAAAUAAAGACUUAUCAGCUUACGCGCUACCAGAAACAAUAGUUCCUGUAGAGCAUGCCACGGAGAAGUGGAAAUUCAACCCGAAUAUUGCUGGUGCGGCUCAACAGACAGGCGCCGCUGCGCUGUGGCCGUACCGCCUGUUUACAGCGCUAUACAAGAUUCUGAUUGAAGAGCAUCAAGGCCGGUUUACACUGGAGACCAACACACCUGUUGGUUCCAUCAGCUAUGAGCCAAAUGCUCCUGAAGACAACGCAGCGUAUCUCCUUCAGACGCCUCGAGGAUCAAUUCGAGCUCACCACGUCAUUCACUGCACAAAUGGCCACGCAGGUCAUUUGAUACCGGGACUAGUAGGGAAGCUAUGGCCAGUGCGGGGUACUAUGUCGCGUCAGAAAUUGGGACCGUCAUUUCCACGACUGGGCGACCAAUUUUCUUGGUCCUACCGAAGCAAGCCAAGUAUGGACUCUUCUACGGGGAUCAUCGAUAUCGGAUUGUACUAUGCUCAACAAAAUGUUCAAACGGGUGAUCUCUGGAUUGGUGGUGAGGUGCAGAAAAUUGAUGAUAUGUUGAGCGCGGAUGACUCGGUUAUAUCGGAGCAUGCUAAGAGUAAUCUUUGCUCCGUGGUGCCCAAAAUCCUGCAAGGCUCUGAGCCAGUUGAGCCAAUAUCAGUCUGGUCUGGUAUCAUGGGCUUUACUGCUGAUGGAUUACCGAUGGUAGGGCAACUGCCUGCGGCUUUCACAAAGCGUGCGGGUGGCGGCGAAUGGAUUGCGGGCGGCUAUAACGGGCAUGGAAUGGACAAGGCCUGGUCAUGUGGAGAGGCGGUUGCUCGAAUGGUUUUGGGCGAACAGCCACCGUCGUGGAUGCCGAAGUCAUUCUUACUAGAUGAAGAGAGAACGAAGCUCAUUAUUGCGCAAGAUGAGCACAGCCUGCCAUCGAUCUUUCUUGACAGAAUGGGAAUUGUUCAUGAAUAA